CCAGGAUCCUAAGCUGAGCCGCCACUGCUGAGGGACAGGCACUGAGGCAGGUACUUUACAGGGAUAUGACCCUUAACCCUCUCAAUGACCCCGACAGACAAGAAGGAUUGUUACCCUCCUUUACGGUUGAGGAGCAAUAUGAGGGAGUUCGAAUAAUGUGCUCAAGGUCACAUGCAAGUAGAUAUGAAGCUGGCAUCUAAACCCAGGAAGCAAGACUCCCGGGAGAGAGGGAAUGAUGGAAAGCAGAGAGAAAGGGGCAACAAGUUAUGGGAACAGAGAUCAGGCUGGGUGUGGGGCGGAAGCAAAGCGGUCCUGCUGCGGGGGGGUCUUGUCAUCGAGUGUAUGAAUACAUAUGUGUCACAGGGAGGGUGUCCGAGAGUCUCUUGUCAUGUCUUGGUAACAGCCAUGGCCUGAGUUGUUGGGCUGUGGCUGAGCAAGCCAAGGUUGGUGAGUGGCCUUUCUUGGCCCCCAUGUUUCGGGUUUGACUCCUGUAGUCAUCCUUCCUGACUCAGCUGAGAAGUCACCUCCCCUGGGAAGUUGACCCUGCAGAGGCUGGUUAAGGCCUGCCUCUCCAUCCCCCAGCUGCUCUGGCUCAGCCAGGAAUCAGCUCCCAGCAUGGGCAAAGAGAAGACCCACAUCAACAUUGUGGUCAUCGGCCAUGUGGAUUCGGGCAAGUCCACCACGACAGGGCAUCUCAUCUACAAAUGUGGCGGCAUUGACAAGAGGACCAUCGACAGGUUUGAGAAGGAGGCCUCAGAGGUGGGCAAAGGCUCCUUCAAGUAUGCCUGGGUGCUGGACAAGCUGAAGGCAGAACGGGAACGGGGCAUCACCAUUGACAUCUCCCUGUGGAAGUUUGAGACGAAAAAAUAUUACAUCACCAUCAUCGAUGCCCCAGGUCACCGUGACUUCAUCAAGAACAUGAUCACAGGGACCUCACAGGCAGACUGCGCUGUGCUGAUUGUGGCCAGUGGUGUAGGUGAGUUUGAGUCUGGCAUCUCCAAGAAUGGGCAGACCCGUGAGCAUGUACUGCUGGCCUAUACGCUGGGCGUGAAGCAGCUCAUUGUGGCGGUCAAUAAGAUGGACAUCACGGAGCCUCCUUACAGUAGCGCACGCUUUGAGGAGAUCAGCAAGGAGGUGAAGGCCUAUAUCAAGAAGAUCGGUUACAACCCUGAGGCUGUCGCCUUUGUGCCCAUCUCAGGCUGGCAUGGGGACAACAUGAUAGAACCCAGCACCAAGAUGUCCUGGUUUAAAGGCUGGAAGAUCACCAGGAAGGAAGGAAACAUGGUGGGCAUGACACUGCUAGAAGCACUGGACUCCAUCAUGCCCCCUGCCCGCCCUACGGACAAGCCCCUGCGGCUGCCUCUGCAGGAUGUAUACAAGAUUGGGGGCAUCGGCACGGUGCCUGUGGGCCGGGUGGAAACAGGCUUCCUCAAGCCAAGCAUGGUGGUGACCUUUGCCCCCUGCAACAUCACCGCAGAGGUCAAGUCUGUAGAGAUGCACCACGAAGCCCUGGCUGAGGCCCUGCCUGGAGACAAUGUGGGCUUCAAUGUGAAGAAUGUGUCGGUGAAGGACAUCAGGAGGGGCUACGUGGCAGGAGACAGCAAGAAUGACCCGCCCUUAGAAGUGGCAAGCUUUGUCUCCCAGGUAAUCAUUCUCAACCACCCUGGCAGCAUUGCCACUGGCUACUCACCAGUCCUGGACUGCCACACGGCCCACAUUGCCUGCAAGUUUGCAGACCUCAGGGAGAAGAUUGACCGGCGCUCAGGCAAGAAGCUGGAAGACAAUCCCAAAGCCCUGAAGUCUGGGGACUCAGCCAUCAUUCAGAUGAUUCCACGAAAGCCCCUGUGUGUGGAAAGCUUCUCAGAGUACCCGCCCCUCGGUCGCUUCGCUGUGCGUGACAUGAGGCAGACGGUGGCUGUUGGGGUCAUCAAGGCUGUGGAGAAAAAAACAGCGACUGGUGGCAAAGUCACCAAGUCGGCCAUGAAAGCGGCCAGGAAGUGAGUGGUGACAGCUACUCUAGGACUUUCUGGGAGAGGCGCAGUCCAGGAGGAGCCACAGCUGGAAAAGAAUGGCUCAAGGAGAAGUCUUAGACUUACUCUUCUCUUGCCUGAAUGGUCUUAAAUCCGCCCCUGCUAAUGCACUUUUCUUUUUGCUGAUGAGUCUGAGGCAUGGGAAUAAAGCACAGCAAGUCUUUUUGCCUCUGCCUCUACUGACCUUGAUGUUGCAAGCAAGGAGGAAGCAGGUGGGGUGCUCAGUCUAAUUCUACCCUUCACCUUCCUUCUGGUGCCUGACUGGUGCAAGAACCAGAGAGCUAGGGUCACAGGGAGGAAAAUGUGUAAAGGGGAAAGUGUAGGGCAGCUUUUGGCCCAGGCCAAGUUCAUCAGUUCCUAGAACAGGACUCUGGUGUUUUAAAAUGCCUGACUUAAAUAGUGUCUAUAAAAGUUACUGA